AUCUGGUUAAAAAAAAAUAUUGUUAUUUUUUUAUUAUUGUAUUUUUCCCAUCCUACCCAUUAUCUGAUUUAAUAUAAAUGAUUUUAUACCGCAUAACCCAUUAUCCAAUGAAAAGCAAACAUAUAAUUUGUAUUUAUUUUAUUAUUAUUAAUCCCACAUUAUCCAAUGAAAGGCAAAAAGAUAGAAAAACAUUGUUUAAAUAUAUUUGUAUUUUAUAUAGAUAACAUAAUUUAUUAUGUGAUGAAUAGCCUUUUUUUAACGUUUAUUUUAUUUUUGUAUUUCAUUCCACUACAAACCGUCUGAUGAAAAGCAAACAUUUGAAAAUAUAUAUUGAAUGUUUUAUUUUAUUAAACCGAAAGUGAAAUGAACUUCAGUUGGAAAUAUUACAGGACAGGGGCCAGUUGCGUAAACUUAUUAAGACUAGUCUGACAGACUAGCAGUUAGCCAAGUGUAAUGAGUCGUACUUUUUGUAUUCAAUGUAGACGUAGCUAUGUAACUACAUUAAAAACAUAUGACCAGUCUUGAUCCAAACAGCCCCAGGACAUUAAUUGGGUGAGACAUGUACUUUAGUUGCACGAACAGAACUGAUAAGUGAUGUCAGACAUGGACGAGUUAUUAAGACUGUAAAUGGACUGAUUUCAUGUUGUCUUUAAAUCCGCUGUGAAUCAUUCCCCUGUGUCUUGAUCUCACUGCUUCUGUUUGGAACAGCACAUUAUCAGACCACUCGUAUUAUGUACCACUGAACCAGUAUCAGCUAAAACAUCUGUAUUCAUUUCAAAGAUCCCAUGCAGCACAGUAAGAUCAUGUAACAGUAAUGUAACACAGUACUUGUUAAAACUCAUUGCAUACCGUUUUAGGUCUGACUUGAUUAUUUCUGACAUACAUGGACAAUGCAGAGUUUUUUUUUAUGUUUUGUAGUUUUUUGAUCAUGCAAUUUUAAAUGUCUAUUAUCAGAUGAGUUUUAGCACUGGCUGUUCUGUUAACCUUUUUUUUUUGUUCGUUUUGCUGCUUUUAAAUGUAAGUUUGCAUUUGGAAAUGAGUUUGGAUGAAGUGUGCUUGUGAACCUUUCAGCUCUUUGAAAUAUCUUCUGCUCUUUUUUUUUAUGUAAAUAAUGAAAUGUGAUAAAUAUAUACGAUAUAACAACAACAGCUCUCCGUUCUCACGCCCAGGUGAUUUUAGACACUUUUGCACUGUUUCUAACUGAAUGAAAUGAAAAUGUAUGGCUGUACGUAAACACAUCAAAUGUAACAAUUAUUACAAAUAUUGACUUGUUUGUCAUUUUGAUGUAUAGUUAUGUCAUCAACUGUCAAAAAUGUUAUUUUAAUGAAUAACCAGGUCUCCCAUGCAUGGAGAGAAAGGAGUUUUCUAUUAAAAACUAGUCAUUUAAAAAUCUUCUUGUGUCAAAUGAGUUAGUUUUGGUGUGAUGUGUUUGCACACUGUUUUCUAGAAUGAUCCUUGCAGAGCAUUCAAUUUGAUUAUGCAAACCGGAUCAUCAGGAAGUGGUUUUAUUUCUGUGUUCCUGUCAUGGCGUGUCUACCAACUACCAGACUACAACAAUGAGGAAAUGAGAGGGCUUGUGUUGUGUUUCUGGAGCUCUCACAAACUGAAAUGUCUCUCUCUGUGGAAGAGCUGUCUUGUCCCGUGUGCUGUGAGAUCUACAGAUCUCCCGUGUUUCUGUCAUGCAGUCACAGCAUCUGUAAAGACUGUCUUCAGGACUUCUGGAGGAGCAAGAGAACUCAGGAGUGUCCCGUCUGCAGGAGAAGAUCCUCCAAAACCGAUCCUCCUGGAAAUCUUGUGUUGAAGAACCUGUGUGAGUCCUUCUUGAGCGUCGAGGAGGUUUGUGAUUUGCAUGGCGAGAAACUCAAACUCUUCUGUGUGGAGGACAAGGAGUCUGUGUGUUUAGUGUGCAGAGAUUCAGAAAAACACAAUCAGCACAAGUUCAGGACAAUCGGUGAACUUCUGCCAUCUUACAAGGAGGAGCUCAGUAUCAAGCUGAAUUCCUUACAAGAAAGGCUCAAGCACACAGAGGAAGUCAAAGGAGAGUGUGAGGAAGCAGUUGAACACAUCCAGACUCAAGCUCAGCACACGGAGCGCCGGAUUAAUGCGGAGUUUAAGAAGCUUCAUCAGUUCCUCAUCGAUGAAAAAGAGGCACUAAUCACUACACUGUGGGAGGAAGAGGAGCAGAAGACUCGGAUGAUGAAGCAGAAGCUGGAGGAGAUGAACACACAGAUCUCAGCUCUUUCAGACACAAUAAAACACAUCCAGGAGCAAAUGAAAGCCAAAGAUGUCACGUUUCUAAAUAGCUUUGAAGCCACAAUGGAAAGAGCCCGGGGCCCACCGCAGGAGCCUCACAUGAGUCCAGCAGCUUUGAUUCAUGUGGCGGAUCACUUGGGCAACCUCACAUUCAGAGUCUGGCUGAAGAUGCGAGACAUCGUCCAAAACGCUCCUGUGAUUCUGGACCCCAACACUGCACAUCCCGAGCUGAAGCUGUCUGAUGAUCUGACCGGUCUGACGUGGAGCACACACACUCACGCCUGUCCCGCCAAUCCAGAGAGAUUCGACGUCUAUCCCUGCGUUCUGGGCUCCGAAGGCUUCAUCUCAGGAACACACUGCUGGGACGUGGAGGUUGGCGACAAUACACACUGGACCGUAGGAAUAACCACAGCAUCCAACCCUAGGAAGGGGUUUACAUUCUUUAGCAAAGAUGUCUGGUGCGUGUGGUACAAAAAUCAAGAAUAUUUCUCAUAUUACCAGGACCAAGCCUACACUCCCAUUGGGGUUAAAGAGAAGCUGCAGAGGGUGAGGGUUUUACUCGACUGGGAUCGAGGAAAGGUGUCUUUUUCUGAUCCUGUAACCGACGCUCAUCUGUGUUCACUCACCACAACGUUUGCAGAGAAACUCUUUCCGUUCUUCUCUAGCGUUUGUGUCACUUGUGGUCUGAGGAUCCUACCAGGUAAAAUAAGUGCAUCAGACCAGCACAGUUAAUGUGAUUCUAUAUACUUUAUGUUGUAAAUGUUGUGAAUAAUAAACACUUAUUUCAUUUUCUUUAUUUCUUGAGAUAUUUAAUAUACAAGACUGGAUUGACACUUGCACAGAGCAAUUUCUAUAAUUUUUAUUUUUAUUUAUUUACUCUUUACCUCUAUUGCUGCUAUGUAAAUACCCUGUAUAACCUGUUUGCACAUUCUCCUCUUAUACAUUCCUGCUCAUCUUAAUAUUUAUUAAGUGUACAUAUACUGUCCUGCACAUUUUAUUUAAUAAGAUUUUUAAUUUAUUCAUACUUUUUUCAUAUCUUAUUAUUUUGUAUAAUUUUCUUGUGUUUAUAUUCUUUAAUAAUUGCACUGUCCAUGGAGCAGACCUCAUUUACAUUUCACGGCUGGUCAUAUGCCCUCCAUAUAACCAUGUAUGUGACAAAUAAAAGUCUUGAAUCUUA